AUGGCGGUUAACUUUGGGGACCACGCCAGCGGGUUCCGCCAUACCGAGGUGAUCAGGUUCAUCAACAAUGAAGUCCUCCUGAACGGUGGCGGCCCAGAUUUCUACGUGGCCUUCCGCUCACGGCCCUGGAACGAAGUCGAGGACCGGCUUCGGGCCGUGGUGGCGGACCCGCAGGUGCCGCACGCCAUCAAACGGGCCUGCGCCUGGAGCGCGCUGGCCCUGAGCGUGCGCGUGGGCGCAAGGCAGCGGGAGCAGCAGGAGUGCCGGGUCCAUUGGCUGCAGGAGCAAGUAGAGGAGCGCGAGACUGCUGCCUGGGCCCUGGCCUCCGAGCUGCAGCGGCUAUGCAGGGAGCGCAAGGAGGUGGCUGCGCAGCUUCGAUGUGCGCAGGCUGCUUUGCAGCAUGUGGUGGAUGAGAGAAAUGUGUUGCGUGGGCGACUGCUCCGGGCGGAGAAGUCGGGCCGGGUUGACCAACCUCCUCAGGAGGUCACCUCUGAGUCAGGAGCAGAACAAGGUGGGGCCGCUGCCUGGCCAGGGGAUAUGGAUGAGAAGAGCAAGAUGAUGGCCACAGAGGCACAGGCCAUGCACCAUUUGGAGGCCCGGAUGGCAGCUCCGGCAUCCGCAGCAGCAGCUCCGGCAUCCGCAGCAGCAGCUCCGGCAUCCGCAGCAGCAGCUCCCGCAGCCGCAGCAGCAGUUCCGGCAGCCGCAGCAGCAGCUCCCGCAGCCAUGCUUUAUGUGCAGGCACUUCCAAGCUCCUGGGCCCAGGCUUUGCAGACCUCUCUGCCAGUGCAGGUGCCACAUCCAUUCCCAUUCUCUGCAUCAUUCCAAAUGGGAUUCCCAUACUGGGCACCUCUACCACACUCAGUAGUUGUGGAAGCAGACACAGCAGCAGCAACAACAACAGCAACAGCAGUUCCACUCCAGAUGCCCCUCAUGCCACCCCUGGGGGUCUACCCACCUGGCCAAUGGGCUGCAGUGGGGGUCCAGGAGCAGAUGGCACCACUGUGUGAACAGAGGUUCUGUGACCAGGAGGAAUGUUCUGAGACCUUCCAGGGAGGAUGUCCCCUGGGAGACAGCAGAAGCCAGAGCCAAGAUGAAGGUCCUGUGUGUCCCCAGGGAAAGACUUCGCUGGAGGACAGUGGAAGCCAUAGCCAGAAAGAUCUGGAGAGUCCUCAGGGGACAACACCCCUGGAAGACAGAAGUUCCAAUCAUAAGGAAUGUCCAUUGAUGCCCCAGGAGAAGUACCCCCUGGAGAACAGCAAGAGCCACAGCCAAGAAGAUCAAGAGAGGCCCCAGGGGACAUCCCCACUGGGAAGCAGCAGGAGCAGUGGUGUGAUAAAAAGCCCCAAGAAACAGCAACCUCCAGGGCAGAAAGCCAAGCCACUAAAAGGGAAAAAAGUCUCAGAUUCCCAACUCCAGGAGAAGCCUGCCUCAGGAUGCAGUCCAAAGAAUUGGGACUGCCCAUGGUGUAAAGCUAUGAAUUUUUCAUGGUGCACACCCUGCUAUCAAUGCAAGAAAGUCUGUGUGGCAGUUGAGAGUGGAGGCCUGGACACAGGAGAACCUCACUAAUUUU